UUUAUUUCUUUUUUUUAAAGAUUUUAAAAGAGCCGCAUCAUUAGCAAUGCAGCUUUCUUUUAUAAACUACAUUCCAAAAACCAUUCAAUUUUCGCUAUUAUUAUUUGACCUGUGUUUUGGUAUUAUUGGCUUAACACUUAGAUUUUAUUUUUUCACUUCUGGUCAAUAUAUUUUGAGACAAUUCGAAAAUGUGACAGUUUUCAUAAGACAAGUCAAAAAAUUUUGAAUUUUUGAGACUUGUCUGCGAAAAAAGUUUUUUAGUUAAUACCAGACAUUUGUGGUAAUAAGUUUAUUAAUUUUUUUUUUUUUUUUUUAAUGAGAAAUGUUUUAGUUUUAGUAAAUCUGCCCCUUAAUGCACAACAUUUCUAGCUUCUUCAGUUAGGCUUUAGUUCUCCUUUAGGGGUCCUUUUUAUCUUUAAUUACCCUAUACUUUUGAACUAAUAAAAUAAGUAUGCCUUUUUAACUAUUUUCCUUCUCUAUAAAGAUGAUUUCUGUAACCCUGAGCAUGUUUAAUUCAGUAUUGCUACAUUUGGAUCUUCCUCUAACAUAUUUUCUUUUUGCCUUUUACAGCUAUCUUCAUGCUUUUUAUUAUUUUAUUAUUAUCAAUCACGACAUGUGCAUUUUCUACACCACUGCCUGGUUCUCCACUAAAUGAACAGGAAUAUGAGAAAUUCUUCAGCCUGCUGAUAUCAGAAUCCAGCGCAGAAACUCUUUGUACGCUGAGAUAUCUUCAUGGAUGUGGUGAUCGUACAAUCCGGCGAUUCGAUGCUUAUGAAAACCACGGCGUUACACCAGCUGGUCCUAUUUGCACUAAUUUGGAAAGCUUCAGUCACUUUGACUCUUUCUGUGACUUUGCUAAAUUUCGCUGCGCUCACAGACUCUUCUUUGCAAAGAGAAUUCCAUGUGAAGAUGAUAAAGUGACAACUACCCAGGCAUCAGAUGCUACGCCUAAGCAAGAAGUUAUAUCUGUUACCUCGUCACUUCCGACCGAGACACCUAAAAUCACAGAGAAUGGUUCUUCAGAGAAAGAAGAAAGGAAAUUACAUAGCGCAGAACAAAAGCCUAUGAAGGCUAUGUACAAAUCUGAUGAAUCUGUAAAGGUAAAUGCUCCUCACCUGGCAAAGCCAAAGGAGAAACCUUUACUUUCAAAACUGCAAGCUUACUUAGAGGCACACCCAACAACAAGAAAGAAACCUGUUAAAGAACAAAAUGAAGAGGAAGUACUGAAAAUACCUUAUGCUUCACAAGAAAGCUCAGAGGAGGAGGAUGAUGAUAUUCGGUCCUUUGCUGGGCCGAAGGCUGAUAUUUCCAAAGCGGAAAAUAAUAAUCAGCACAAACCAGUUGCCAAUAAACAAAAACAAAAGGGAUCAAGAGCAAUCCCAAAGAAGAAGGAACUUGUACUUUCAAAAGCACAAGCUUAUGAAAUGGCACAGCCUACAACAGGGAAGAAACCUGUUAAAGAGCAAAAUAAAGAAGAAGUGUUAAAAAAACCUUAUGCUUCUCAAGAAAGCUCAGAGGAAGAGGAUGAUGAUAUUCGGUCCUUUGUUGGCCCGAAGGCUGAUGUUUCCAAAUUGAGACAGGAAAAUAAUCAGCACAAAGCAGUUGCCAAUAAACAAAAACAAAAGGGAUCAAGAGCAAUACCAAAAAUGAACAAACUUGUACUUUCAAAACUACAAGCUUAUGAAAUGGCAAAGCCUACAGCUAUAAAUAAAUCUAUUACUGAACAAAAUAAAGAAGAAGUGUUAAACAAACCUUAUGCUUCUCAAGAAAGCUCAGAGGAGGAGGAUAAUGAUAUUCGGUCCUUUGUUGGGCUGAAGUCUUAUGUCCCCCCUGCGACAUGAAAAUAAUGAGCACAAACCAGCUGACGAUAUACAAAAAAAAAGUGAUCAAGAAAAAUUCAAGUUACUGAAGAUUCAACAAGAAAGGAUAAA